UUGAAAUCUGAGUGGCACCGGAAGUGAGUUCCAGAUUCGCGGAGUCUGUCCACGUGAGCUCACAUUCGCAGUUAUCGCAAUGAGUGGUGGAGGACAGAUGGUGGCUCUCCGAGAUAAAGCGUAAAUCGUCUCUUAAUCAGUGUCAGCUGAGGUUUAUCAGGUUGAAUUGGUGAAGUGGAAAAUGGGCUGUAGUUGAGAUCCAGAGAGAUGAUGGCAUGAUGACCGAGGACGUGUUCAGAAACACACAGGUGUCCAUGAAGCUGCUCGCUGUGCGCUCUAUGUGUAUGCCAUUGUCAGUCUAUUACUCCCUUCCACAGGUGAGUCUGAGCACCGGCACCAAGAAGCUCUUUGCCGCCACUGCCUUCGGCGCGAUCUCCCUUAUCUACCUCGCCCGGCGCUUCAGGAGGAGGAAGGGCAAGAAAAAAGCCGGUUCGCCUGUGGAACAGGAAACGUUUGAGUUCCUCAACACUGUCCCACUGAAAAAAGAUUUUGAGUGUCAAAGUCUCCCUCUUAACUCAAAGAACUGCUACUCGUGUAAUGUGCUGUCCAGUGGUAGCAUGCACAGCAAACUUUCAGGCUCCCUGCUGAGCCUGGCCUCUGUGAGGAGCAGGCACUCCUCCAGUAGCUCCACCUGUGCUAAUGGCUCCAGUUGCUGGGACGGAGCAGGAGAUGACAAUGACGUCUGUAACAUGCUCAACAUCCCCGUCACAACUCCAGAGAACCUCUACCUGAUGGGAAUGGAGUUGUUCGAGGAGGCCCUGCGGCGCUGGGAACAGGCGCUAACGUUCCGCAGCAGGCAAGCGGAAGAUGAGGAAAACUGUGCGUCCGUGAAGCUGGGAGCUGGAGAUGCCAUUGCAGAAGAGAGCAUGGAGGACAUCAUCAGUGUCGAUUUCAUUCGAAAGCUGGAGUCCCUGCUACAGAGAGCCUAUCGGCUCCAGGAGGAGUUUGAGGGAGCGCUGGGAAUGACAGACCCUUCAACACAUCCUAUUAGCGACAAGCACAUGGAUCUCUCCGUGCGAGAGGACUUGGAGGACACCUGUCUGAGAGAUUCAAUCAGCAUCGCCUCAACAGAUUCAUUCGUGUCUGCUGCAGAGUUAUCUGAGCACAGAGAGAUGAGGAGUGUCCAUGCACUAGAGUCACUGUGUCAUCACCCCUUCUAUGAGGAUGCCCUGCAGAUGGCUGAGGAAGGAAAGAUCUCCUGCCGAGUGCUAAGAACUGAAAUGCUUGAAUGUCUUGGAGACACUGACUUCCUGGCAAAGCUGCACUGUAUACGGCAGGUGUGUCAGGUCAUCUUAUGUGAAAGAGCCACUAGAGCAUUUCUGGCUGAUACAGGAAAGAAGAUAUUGUCUUCAAUUAUUGUCAAAGCAAGGAAGAGCCCAAAGAGAUUUGAGGAGGUGUUUGAAGAAAUGAUCUGCUUUCUGGAGCAAACGGACCAUUGGGAGAACACUGAGAUGGAGCUUUCUGCAAAAGGGGUUAAAGAUCUGAACUUCUAUGACAUUGUUCUCGACUUCAUCCUUAUGGACUCAUUUGAGGAUCUUGAGAAUCCACCUGUAUCUAUUCAAAAUGUGGUCAACAAUCGUUGGCUCAACAACUCUUUCAAAGAGACGGCUGUUGCAUCAAGUUGCUGGUCUGUCCUGAAACAGAAGAGGCAACAUAUGAAGGUUCAAGAUGGCUUCAUUGCGCAUUUCUAUGCAGUGUGUGAACACAUAAGUCCUGUCUUGGCCUGGGGGUUUCUAGGCCCUAAAAGUUCCCUGCAUGAUUUCUGCUGCUGUUUCAAGGAACAGGUGCUGUUCUUCAUGAAGGACAUUUUCGAUCUGGAUAAAGUGCGUUACUGUAGUCUGGACACUCUGGCUGAGGACAUCCUGCACUUGCUUCACCAACGUUCUGAACUACUUCUUGCCUAUCUGGGCACUGACAUGAUCCGUCACCUAAACGGCUGUAGUGGCACACCUUUGCACCUGGUACCCAGUGCUUUGCUGGAAGCACAGGUUCAGUGAGCUGCAUCUGUCUGUCAUGCCCUCCACAUUUUCAUGGUUACCUACAGCUGCUGAGUCCACUGUAUAUCAUGACUCUUGUCUUUCAGGUCAUUAUUAGUGCCAUGUAAAUGCAUUGUAAAGUUUUUCUAGUGCAGUGCUUCCAAAACCUGUCCUGGAGGACCCCCUGCCCUGCACAUUUUGUGUCUCCCUAAUCAGACACUCCCAAUUUAGUUCUUGGAGUUUCUACUAACGAGCUGAUGAGUGGAAUCAGGUGUGUUAGAUAAGGGAGACAGAGGAGAAAGUGCAGGAUGGGGGGCCUCCAGGACAGGUUUGGGAGGUACUGAUCUAGUGUUUAAAAUGAAGAGGGUAAGAAUGGACAGAGAUGUAUAUUUUGUAUGCCUUCCAUGUGGUAUUCCAGUAGCUUUAAUUUUAUACUGAGUGAUUUGGACAACGAAUGAUCGGAAUUUUUGGGUCCUUGAUGUUUUGAGACUUUAACUGUUUUAAGUACGAGUAUUUUCAUGGUUAUUGUAACAUUCUAAUUCAUUGUUUAGAUGUUAUUCUAAUUCUAAAGAGAUUUUUAAACCAAAUGUCUUCAUGUAGGUCACAUAAGAGUCUCUGAACAUUUAUGGGAAUUAAUCUUCAACACUAGCCAUGAAUUCAGUUUAGACUUUCCAACCAUAAGAAUACAUGAAACAGCUGGCUGUUAUGAAUUUAAGUCAUUACAUGAUCUAUCAUAAAUGGCACAUGUAUUGUAACUCAAACAAUUGAUGUAUUCUGUAAUAUGCUUUAGAGUUAAAUCAACAUGCUAAGCCAGUAUACAAGUAUGAAUUUAGAUUAACACUGAAGUAACUAAAUAAAAACCUCAAAUCCAA